CAAAGGUCGAAACCGGUGUUUUAUUACGUAAAUAGUAGAGGCGGUUGAGUCAAGUGUGUCAGUUUGACCUGUUCCGUGCUAAUGUUUUAUGGGAAGUAGUAUUAGUUGUAUCACAGAGAUAGAUAUGGCUAAUAAACUAUUACCUGCUGCUGUCAUAGCUUCUCGCUCAAAACAUUCUGCUACAUUGAUUUUCUUACAUGGAUUGGGUGACACAGGGCAUGGUUGGUCGGACACUUUAAAGGAAUAUGUUCCGGACUACUUCAAGAUUAUAUGCCCUCAUGCGAAUUCAAUACCAGUCACACUCAAUGGAGGGAUGUGCAUGCCAGCAUGGUAUGACAUAUAUGCUCUAAGUGAAAACGCUAAACAAGAUGAAGCAGGAAUAAAGGAGGCAUCACUCGAAUUAGGAAAAUUCGUUGAAGCAGAAAUAAAAUCCGGAGUCCCCAUCGAGAAUAUAGUUAUCGGAGGUUUUUCACAAGGUGGUUCAGUGGCCCUCUAUAAUGCACUAACGAGCACUUUACGGUAUGGUGGGGUUGUUGCUUUUAGUUGUUGGCUUCCACUCCAUACAAAAUUUAUGUCCUCACCUACACUCUUGACUAUGCCCAAGGACGUCCCAGUUUUCCAGUGUCAUGGAUUGGAGGAUUAUACAAUUCCUUUUGCCAUGGGAAAGUUAACUCAUGAGCUUCUAAAAACUUUCCAGUUAUCCAAAUGUGAACUCAACUGUUAUCCUCAAUUAUCUCACUCGUCAUGUGAAAAGGAAAUGGGAGAUCUCCGAACAUUCUUGUCAAAAAACAUACCUGGUACACAAUAAAUUUGUGUGUGUUAGGUGUUACUAGUUCGUCGUUGCCUAAGUGAUAUAUAUGUUUUUGAAGAAUGAGUCCCAGUUCUGAAUUUUUCUCCUUCACUUCCAAUGUACUAUUUCCUGGCACAUGUUUGAUAUGUGUUUUAUGACCCCAUUACAUGGGUUUUUCAUACUCUUAAUGUUUACAGCUCUGUUAUAAAAAUACCGUUACUAGGUAUCAUUUAUGUAUGUCUUACAUACUUUCUUUAAUUCACUAAAAUAUAACUUUUAAUGCUAA